GGCAUACCACCCCGGCACUUGACUAUCGAGUGAGUGAACAAGGUAUAUAUCGUUGUCACAGGCCAGGUAUUUUCCCUUUCGUCUGUCCUCGUUUACCCUUCGAUCUAUCCAGCACUCGUGCACUUACUUGCAGUCCAUCUACUCGCCCACCAUGGAGAUGUCUUUCGACGACAAGGAGCUCCAUCAAAUCGAGGAGGAGCUCCAUGUCGAAAUCUUACCCGGAACUGAGAUCAUGGCAGAUGUGGGAAGCCAUCACUUUGUAAAGAGUAGUGGGAAAGACCACCGAGUCUUGGUUCCACAGCCGUCCGAUAACCCGCAUGAUCCCUUGAAUUGGUCUGUCGGCUGGAAAGUUUCAGCAAUUGUUGCUUCGAGCAUGGUUUCAUUCGUGCAAGGCUUCGGCCCGUUGUCCCUCGCGCCCAUGUUUGGCGACUACAUCGAGGCCUUCAACUGCUCUUUGGCGGAUGCUGUCCAGUUUACUGGUGUCGCUAUCCUGGUCCUGGGUUUCAGCAACUUCAUCUGGGUGCCUCUGAGCACCUCCUUCGGACGCCGACCGGUCUACAUCUUUUCCAAUCUCAUUUGCUUAGGUUCGUCCAUCUGGCGUGCAAGAGCGCAGACAUAUGGCAGUUUCAUGGGUGCAUGCGUUCUCAACGGCAUAGGCGCAGGCCCGGCCGAGACCUUACAGCCAGCAAUUAUUGCUGAUAUUUUCUUCCUUCAUGACCGUGGGAAAUGGAACACCCUCUAUUGGGUCGUCUACAUGGGCUCAUUGAUGUUUGGACCCAUCAUCUCGGGUGCCAUGGCUGAGAAUGUCGGCUGGCGGAGCUUCUGGUGGUUCAAUACUGGGUUGAUCGGGCUUUCCACCCUGAUGGUCAUCUUCAUGUUCCCGGAGACCAAAUGGCACCGACAACAUCCUAACGAAAUUCACCACUCCUUAGCUACUGGCGAUCAAAAGCCCAACGCCGAAACCACCGAAGAACUCAAGUCCGACAGCUCACGUACGGACAACCCGGACUCGAUCGCCGUCGCCCCUGAGCCGCUUACUGCGGUCGAAACUGCUGCUCGCGAUCCAUGGCUUGGGCGAGGCAAGCCCAGCAAGGGCCAAUGGGGUCUGUACACGCCUAACCCCACCCCGGUCAAGAGUGUUCUGCUCGAUCUGUGGAUCCCUUGGAAGCUGUUCGCUUUCCCGAUUGUGGAAUUCGCCAGUUUCGUGGUCAGCUGGAGCUGUUCGUCGUUCUUGACGCUGAAUUUGACCCAGACGCAAGCUUUUGCAGCGCCGCCUUACAACUGGAGCAGUCAGUCCAUAGGAUUCACGAAUUUCGCAGUCUUCGCAGGAGCGCUGAUCGGUCUGGUUACGGCUGGACCACUCUCAGACUGGGUGGCUGCGAGAUUGACAGCAAGGAAUGGCGGAAUUCGUGAACCUGAGAUGCGUCUGGUCGCCAUGAUCCCCUACGUUAUCAUCAUGUACCUGGGCAACAUCAUCGUCAGCGUUGGAUAUCAAAAUCAAUGGCCGUGGGAGGCUAUUGUUAUCAUUGGGUAUACGUGCGCAGGUAUCCAGGUGGCGGCUCUCCCUGGUAUCGUGUCGACAUAUGCGGUGGACUCAUACAAACCGGUCGCUGGAAGUUUGUUCGUCUCGAUCACGGUCAACAAGAACGUCUGGGGAUACGGGUUCAGCAAAUUCAUUACGGACUGGAUCAUUGCGGAUGGAUAUAUCCCGCCUAUUAUGACGAAUGCGUCGUUGAUUCUGUUGUGGUGUCUCUUUGGAUUCUUGUUCUACUACAAGGGCAAGACCUUCAGAAGAUGGUCGAAGAACAGCUCUGUGCAUAGGAUGUGAGCAUCAGACAAUACCGGAAAGAAGUAAAUGGCGAAACGGGGAAGGUGGCCUUGAGAGUAGGGGAUUGAAGUACAUUCGGCUUCGAUGGGACUGAACGAUCGAGAUAACUUUCGGAUCUGGCAUGGUGAUAAUCCAUCCGAAGCUCCCUGGUGCCGUUCAGCCCGAGCCGUAGACAAUGCGUUGAGACAG